UAACAGGCGUUGUGGACUGGUAUUACUAAUUUUAUCUUUUGCUAGACUUUCUUAUUAAUUCUGUUCCCUAAGUUGUGUUGACACUAAACUCUUGCACUGUACUGACCCAGAAUAGUUUGUUUCCAGAAGCUGCAGCUCUUCUGCACCCCUCUGGUACAGUACGUGAGCUAUGUCACUGCACACUCAGUGAAUGGAAACACUUGGAGACAGUAUGUGUCGAGCUUACAAUCUGUGACAGAGGGCACAUUGCCCCGACCCUUAAAUCAAUGCACCGGCCUCCUGCUAAAUACGUUGCAUUCAAAGACCUUCUCGGACAAUAUGAAUUUCUCAGUCUUGGCUUGUAACUUACAGGCCUGUAGGAUGUCUCAGAUUAUCUGCAGUCCCAGCUGCUGGACCUGGAGAUCAAACUACACCUCAGCAAAUUGCCAACUACUUGAAUGCAUUUCUUUGGAGCAGCAGAUCCUUUAAUUAAUGUAAUAUUGUGCAUAUUUGCUUGGUAAUAUUGUUAUUUGUGUUUUUAUCUCAGAUUGCAAUCGGUUUUCUAUUUAUUUUCUCUCGUUUUUAUCUUCUAAAGCUAAUUUUCUCUGAUGUAGAUUCCUUGAUCAUAUGAAAAUAUAAAAUAUUUUUAGAUAUUUUUAUUAUAUAAAAAUAUAAACCAUUUUCCUACAAAAAGGGAAUAUUGUUGCUGAAAUUGUUUCAUCAUUUUAUGUUACAGAGGAGAAAUGUGUAUGGUAUAAGCUUUAAUUAUUUUUUCUUCUCCUUUAUUACAGAAUAAGAGAGCGUUCUGAAAUAGAUUAAAUAUUUUUCAUUUUGAAAUACUUGGAUGAACAUCACGUGUCCUGAAAAAAAAUUUACAUUUUGAUUUUAGAUAACUGCAAUCCCAAUUUUUAAUUUUUUUUACAUUUCUCUUGCAUGCUUUGCAAUAUUAACAAUUAAAAUAAUUAACAAAACAUCCACUGUGAGACUCUAAAUAAUCCAGCUGAAAACAGAGAUAGUGUAAAUAAUUUAAAAAAAACCAAAACAGUCAUUUACGGAUCAUUUAAAUCAUACAUAGCUGUUGCAAACUAUUAUAGUUGAUCAGUCUGAUGUAGUAAUGAUUGAGAAAUAGAUUAACCAAGAGCCGUUUCUCUAAGCAAACAGUAAUGUCUUGCAUCCACAAACUAAAAGUACAAUGAAGUUUUCUGCAAUGUGUCACAGUAUCUCAUUGUCAAACUGCUGGAUCAAAAUUACAACUGACUUUCUUCUUUUGUUUAAACAGGCAACAUCAUCACUUGAUGCAUAUUUCAUAUGCUGAUGAUAAAUAUGUUGUAUUAUCUCAUCUACGUGAGCCACAAGACACACUAUUUAGAUGAGUCACAAUGAAAUGCAGCUCAGUGUACUGCAGUAGUAUUUCCAUUGCACAGUUGUCAGGGAAAAUGCACUACGGGCCUGUGGAUAGCAGGAGGUGGCUGUAACAUUAGAACGGGGGAGGGAUUGAGAGCAGUGACAAGCACGUGGUCAAAGGGUGGAGAAACGGCUUUGUAUGGGGUUGUCAACAAAAACGUCAGCUGAAGGGAAACCGGCUCGUGACACUGGAGAAGCUUCUGUGUGCAGAAGUGAACUAGAUAGAAAUCGUCCUAAGAAUCAACAGCGCUAUCUACGGUGGCUGAACUUGCAUAAUACAGAAUAAGAUCUUAGGAAAGACUGAAAUAAGUAGUUUUGAUCUUUGCAACAAAUAAUAAAAUAAUCACAGGAUAUUCUAUGACUCACCUUUGACCUCAAUCCAACACAACCAGGUUUAAUAUUUCUGAGUUUGAGCUCUUUUUGGUGCACCAUGAUUCAAAUAUAGACAGAAGUGACCCUAAAGAGCCACCAUGUAUCUAUAUCUUUUAAAUAAAAAGGACUUCCUGCAGUACUUUUGUGGUGCAAGCAGGAAUACUGGUUCUAUUUGCUCCAGUUCUGUGGCUGUUCCCUGCAGGACGGUGUCAGCCCCUCUCUGUAACAGGACAUGGAGAGCUUGACAUCACAGGCCAGCACUCCUUAUAAGCACCUGAGCAUCCACGUCAUGGCUCGCCCCAAUAUGAAAAGCGUGUGAUUGUUUUCCACAUGAGACCCAGUGCAGAUAAAGUAGGGUGGGACUAUAUAUCCACAAUAAAGACUCUUUUCUCACUUUACCCGAAAGCAAGGCAGACAGUGAUUGUUGUCCGUCUUCUGGUAUAUUAUGAAGCCUAUUCUUCAGGCGACGUCGUCUCCACAGGACGUCACCCAUGCAGCAUCACUGCUGGCAUAUCUGAACCAUCAGAGAGAUCAAGGCAUGUUCUGUGACUGUGUGCUCAGGCAGGGGCAGAACUCAGAUCAGCUUUACCAUGCACACAGGUGUAUCCUGGCAGCCUCCAGCCCAGUGUUGGCAUCCAUCCUGUCCUCAUCUGGUGCCCUGGUGGAACUACACAAUCCAAGUCUCUCGGACUCUGUGCUACCUUCCCUUUUGGACUACAUUUACACUGGGGUUCUUCCACACCCUCUCAGCAAACAGGAAUAUUACAGACUGCUCUCUGCUGCCUGCCAAAUGCAGAUGAAAGAACUGCAGGAUGCUCUGAGAGCUAACUGGCUGCAGAUCCAAGGGAAUGCUGAGGAUGAUAAAAAUCCUCCUGUUGUAGUUGAAAUGUACUCAUUUAAAGAGACAGAAGAUUCCUAUAAAUUUGAUUUUGAGACCUUCAAACACCUUCCAUCAUCAACCACAACAUGUAAUUUUCAAAGCCAUGAAACAACUACACAGCCAUUACCUAAUGAGAUAGUUCAAGAACCCCGGAUCACUUCAGGAAGCACCGAUGCCAGUCCUGAAAAUGAUGAAAGAAAAAUAAAAAAUCAAUAUGUAAAUGGUCACACAAGAACUGAUUUAGCUUCUCUAAAUGAUUUAAAUACUUUCAGUAUUCUUGGAAGUAUUGACAAAGACAAUGCGGGUGACUGCAGACAGGCAACAUCGCUGACCCAACGGGAAACAUUGAGGUCCAAAGAUGACAAAGCUCAGAUGCAGAACUCACCUGGAGUAGAUCAUUCACCAAACUUUGUAAAACCAGACAUGAGACAGAGAAAAAGAUGCUCUUCAUCUCUGUCAUCAUCGCCACCCCCAUGCUCUGAGGCGGUGCCUGUCAUUUGUCACAGUAGCAGAGCUGCUGUCCUGCAGCAGUCAGAAGUCUUUGUGUGGCCUCACAAUCAAGCAUCUGAGUCUUUUGUCCAGCCUCCCUCCAAAAUCACCCACUUCUCACUCUCAUUAGGCAUAGGCAAUGACAACACUGUUGAAGCAAUUACCACUGAGUGCAAAGAUCAAAAUGGAGUACAAAGUCAGGAACCCAGAAGCCCUAUAAGGCACACUAGCUGUGCUACUGACCACAAGGCGGACCAGGAUUACAACAGCAACAAUAUGCAUCUGUUUAAAUCCAAUGACACCUGCAAGAAUAACAAUCAGACUGCACAUUUGGAUUCUUUGCAAAAUCACACAGAAUAUUAUGGAGAGAAUGUGAUCCAGAAUAAUGUCUCAAGAAGAGGUUUACAGCACCAAAUUGAAUGGGAUUAUGAUCCUGUUCCCUCCAAAAAUCCACACUUUGAUUGUUUUCAAUGUCAGAGAACAUUGUUGACAACUUCAACACAAGAGCAAUCGAAACACCAGGGAGCUGCAGUUUCACUUCUCGUGGAGGCUGAAGAUACAGGAAGUGCUUCUCAGUGCGAAGAAUGUCUUGAGGUGGAAGUGAAAAGGAGCCACAGUUACUCCAGUAUGUGUCUUGAUGCAACAGAUAUAAAGAAAAAGACAUCUGGGCCUAUAACAGACUGGUACACAAACAUCCACCAAGAUGACAAAAGCAGAAAGGAAAUGUGUAACAAAGUUUGUAGCACACAAACCAAAUUCAGAUUUAUAACAUCACAACCUGGAUUGACUAAUGUCACUGACAGUUUCUCUGCUUCUAAAUGUGGUGAAGUGCUGGAAAGUAGAAAAAACUCAUCCCCUGAAAACACAGAGCCAUGUUGCUUUUUAACAGCACCGCUGGACCACAACUUGUCUGGCACUACAAGAAGCUCUGGUCAGCCAAAACAUUGGCAUCUUCCUCAUCAGGGUGAACCAUGUGACGAUGCAUCACUUCAAGAUUCAAAUCACAAACCCUUGAAGCCCAGCUUUUCUCCUGACUCAGAUGAGUUAGGUGAUGAGGUUAAUGCUCCUUUUUCAGGUAAAAGAUCACUGAGUCAACACUUUUUUAUAGAGAUUGAAGACCAGCCGGAUAUAAACAUCAAACAUGAUGAGCUACCUGUGUCCUGUCAACAUGGAUAUCACAAAGAAGUGAAACAGUUUGUUGUAAUGGAUACAGCUGCAAUCCUGAGUCACGAUGAUGCACAAGCAAAUCAGGACUCCUCUGUAGCCAGAGCUGAGAGGUCAGAUGAGGCUGAUGGACAGAGAGACAUCAAAGAAGGAAACCCAUUUGAUAUAAAACCACGCCAAACAGGAGAUUGCAUCACACAAAACAUCAGUGUGAUGGACAUUUCCACACCUAAAGAGCAUGAAACUAAGAGCGACUCCACUCCAGUUUGCUCACCUCUUUGUGAACCAGACUGUGAUCGAGCCUCAAAGCCAUCAACUGUAUCUGUCUGCAUACCUUCCACCCUUCCAGCCAGCAUGCCGACAGAUAGGUCAGCUCAUCUGUCAUCUCCCAGUCACCAGCCUUUCCAGUGCUCUUUGUGUGAUCGCUCCUUCAGCCAGAAAGGUUCUCUGAACAGACAUGUGCGCAGCCACCUUGGUGUGCGGCCUUUCCCCUGCCCCUGCUGCCCAAUGACCUUCUCACGCCAAUAUCGUGUCACAGAGCACAUGCGUGUUCAUCAGCGUUCUGUCCUUGGAAAUGGCUUCCAAAAGUCCUCUGUAAUAAAGGAUUAAAGGUCACAAAAUCAGAAUGGUAAGAAGAAAAAUUGAUAGCUUAUUUGUGGAUGAUGGACUCCUGUCAGAUUUUGACUUUUCUUAGUUUGUGUCAUUCUUUGGAGUGUAAAAAUGUAGCAGCAAAGACAUUUUUAGUUACUUUUUAUUGUGAUCUUGCCCAGCAGCUGAUGAAGAAUAAUUCUGUCCUGUUACGUUUUUAUAUUUCUACUAUUACAAUUAUUUUUGGCAGCUAUUAUCCUUUGAAGUGCUUUGGCAUCCAUAAGAAUGCAUUUGUUACCUGACAUGGAACUGCAGAGAGGUGUUGUAAGCCAUUUCUGCCUAUAAAAAAAACACAAAAGCAAAACUUCAGAUCAAUUUUAUUCUUGUACCUUCUGCCAGUACCCUUCUGUUUAUCUUCUGGUUCUCUAUCUGCUUUAUUUCUGAAGCACAUCCAGUAAACCUAUGUUGUCAUGGUCAGUUACUGACAUGCAUAAAUGAAAUUGUCUCAAGGAAUAGCUUUAAAUACCCCCUGGAAACCUCAAAGGAGAAUUGAUCAUGACCACUUUUCUGAUUUCUUGAAAAAAAAAAAAAAAAAAUUAAAGAAAGUAGAGGGAGUUUAAAACCUCUAAGAUACAUCCUUUUUUCUUUGACACAUCCUGGAAAUUCAAAGGUAUUCCCAGGAUGAGCUCUUUGUCUGUCCUGGGAUCGCCUCCCAGUGGGAAGUGCCUAGAAAAGCUACAAAGGAGAGUUAAUGUGGUAGCUAAUUCUUGAAAUUACAACUCUAUUCCUAGGAGUUGUACUGUGAUCUAUUAGUCCAUUUUACUGAGAAAUAUGUGAUAAAUUCUUUUCAUGUACUCUGUUUCUGUUAGUCCAGUAUGAUGCAUGUCUCUUCAUUUGUGCUGCUGGUUUGCUGUGAAACUUCACCUGAAGAAACAAAAGAGUCUUGAGUACAAUCCAGAAUAUCCAGAGUGUUCCGUCUUGUGUAUGUAAGUUUAUUAUAAUAAGUUUCUUCAAAGUUAACUUCUGGAAUAAAAUUUUGAUUUAUGAUUUGAAGUUUAAAUAAAAAACCUCACAUAUAUGUAAAAUGAUAAUGUUUCUACAAAUGACCACAAUAUAAAUAAUGCCCCGCUGACUUUUUAUCCUACUAUGAGGCAUUCCAUUUACAACUUA